AUAAAAAAAAAAUAUAUAGAAAAGGAAAAAAAAAACAAAAAAAAAAAAGGGUGGUAGGGGAAAAGGUUGCAGCACACGUUGGAAAGUGACAGUGAAUGGGCAGAGUAAGAAGAGGCCGAGUGACAUAAUCGAAGAAAGUACCAGAGAAAUAGAAAGAGAGAGAGAGAGAAAGGUGUAUAGUGAGAGAAAGAGAGAAAGAAAGAGAGAGAAAACCGAACCUGUUAUUAACCGGUAAACGCGCAACCGCGCUCCUGUCAAGGUGGUGGUAAUGAACCGGCGUGAAGGUGCUGAGAUUCGAAAUGGUUUUAAAGACAGGGAACGUUACGGUCAUACGACCAAUAAGAAAAUCAUCAAAUGACGAAUCGCCCGAGAGAUCGGGCACGAUGAUUAUCAUCUUCUUCCAUCAUCAUCCUCGUGUAUUUCUUUGCCAAUUCUUUUGUUGCGAUCAUUUUCGAGUAUAUCGAUUUUUCUGUCGAUAGAAAAAUACAAAAAGGAAAAGAAGAAGAAGAAGAAGAGGAAGAGGAAGUGGAGGUUGGAGGAAAUAGUUGUGGGAAGAAGAAAAAUUUUGUUCGGAAAGGGAUAAUAAAAGAUAAAAGAAAACCACGAGGGAAAACCAUUUAUCUUUUUGUUUUUUUUUUUUUUUUUCCCCCCAUCAACGAUAAUAAGGGGGAAGGCUUUAAAAAAAAAUAUAUCAGAGAAUAGAUAAAAGAAUAUAUAUGUAUAUAUAUAAAAAAAGUAUGUCGUCGAACGGUGAGUUCUCGACAAUGUCAAGCGAGGAAAUGCCCUCGUUACCGAAAAGUUUGCCAAGUUCACGCGAGGCGACGGCCGAGGGUAGUUCUGGUUCGAGUGGUGGUGGCUGUGGUGGUGGUAGUGGUCUUGCUGGUGGUGGUGGUGGUUAUAUGCCACUUCGAGAAUUUUUAGAUAGAUUCUCAUUGCCGAGGGUUGUUAGACUCGAAAAUACCAGCGGCAGGCCUGUAUUACUUUACAAACAACAACAAAAAUCACUUCGAGUAACUGCAACAUUGUUGAUACAUCGAUACCGACACGAUGUCAAAGUUGGACCAGAAAUUGUCAUACCUGAGGGUUAUCCAGGAUGGUUUUCUGUGAUAUCCGGCAACAAUACAACAGGUAGUGCGCGAGUUUACAGAAGGGUAGAAUCUUUGGUACGAGCCGGUGUACCAGCUUUCCUUUUGGCAGCCCCAUUGAGAGCAUAUACACUCACGCACUCGAAAAUGGAAAAUGGAAAUCUUCGUGCUCACUAUACGAAAACAACGAUAAGGGCAGGUGAGAUACUACGACUGAUAGCCGUUUUUCAAGAUACGAGAAAAUGUAAUUCAGUUAGUUUCGGUAUCUCUGGUGGAUCCUCGGAGAGGGAUCAAUACGCACAAUGUUUGGAUCCACACGGACGAGAAGUAUUUGCACCCCUCUCAGCUAGGGGUGAAUUUUAUGCAAUUUGUCAAAAUGGAAGUAUGGAUACGGGAAGCGAUGCAGUUCUAUAUAAAGUUCAUCAUCUUGCGAGGAGGCCUUUACCAUUGAGAGUACGACUGAUAGCAGGUCCACUGCCGGUUCCAUUACCAAGAGAAUAUGGUGGUCUGAUGCAAUUAGAAUCAUCUACGCGUGGUCCAAUUGUUUUAGGAUGUAUAGUUCCAGAAAGGCCAGUACAUAAUCCAGAAAUGCUAGAAUUGGUAGUAUCUGGUAAUGGUGCACCUAGAGUGAGGAGGGCACGAUUAGGUUAUCCAUCAGAGGCAAGAUUAUUGGCAUCACCUAAAAUGCAAAGACUCCUUGCCGCGUGCAGCCGAGCAGUUGGAGAUCGUGCAACGGAACCACGAGUGGCACCUUUGAAAUUACAUCCAAGCACGGAGAAUUUAAAAGAGAUGCAUUUGAAAAAGAUCAAACCGAAACAAGAAACGAGACCGAUACUUCAAAGUUUGAGGGACGGCUUGGAGCAACUUAAAAAGACAACUGUCAGGGAGAGAAGUAGGACUAGGCAAAAUUCUGGAAAUGGUUUUCUGGAAAGGAUCUCUAAACUUGCUCAGGGUGGUCGUAGCAGAAAUCCUGCUAAAAAAUCUGCCUCAUUUACGUUCGCAGUUAGACCAGAAGUUGCUAUGAAAUCUUCUCAGGAACGUUAUUCCAGUUUGGAACCAGAAACUACCUCUCGACAGAGUCGUCCUGACUCUACAACUAAACAACCUGUACAAAGAUCGGUGUCAACGAGUGUAUUAGAGGUUCCACCAACGAACGUCGAACUUCAACCGAAUUAUUCUCGCGUUCGUGACAGCCUGACGCCACUUCCACCCCUUCCACAACCAACAACCAAACCUAAAACCGAUGAGAUUUAUGCCGAAAUAUGCGACAAUAAUACAACUGUUCAGAUACAAAAUUGUCCUGGAAGUCACGUCAUGGCUAGUAUUAAGAUCAUCGUUAAGGGUAGCGACCCACCGUUGGAAGAACAAAAUCCAAUUCGCAAAGAAAGAUAUAUUAAUUCGAUAAUAAUUAACGAUCAGAUAGAUUCCAUUAUUAGCACAGAUGACGAUGUUAUUUACAAUACAAUAUUUUGAUGAAGUGAUAUAUUAUUGUAUUACAAUGAUAGCGCAUUGUUAUAUAUAUAUAUAUAUAUUAACUUUUCUCUGGAAUUAUAAAAUAUCGGAGAAAGUUUCUUUUAGAAAACAUAUUAGAUGGGCUGUGCUUUUUCGUGAUCGAUAUCGCACCGAUCGUCGUACUCUUUUUGUUUUUUUUUUUUUUUUUUUUUUUUUUUUUUUUCUUAGUUAUUUUACAUUACAAUUUGUAUUAUAUUUGCGCAAAAGUAGGAAUUCUUUGAGCGUUAAGUUUUAAUUACAUGUCCGAUAUAUAAUUUUGUACAUAAACAUUUUACCAAGUGUAUUAAUUGUAAGGAUGGCUAUCUAAAAAAAAAAGCGCGCAUUGUAU